UCUCAACUCUCCUCCAUCUCCAUCCUCAUCCUCUUCCACCACACACACACACGCACAGUGACUCUCUCAAAACCCUCAAAAAAUUUCCAUUUCUCCAUCAUGCUUCUUCGUGCUCCUUCAUCUGCUCUCUCCCUCGCUAAUUCUCUACCCGAUAAUCUCACUCCUCUCUUUUCUUCUUCUUCUUCCUCUUCCUCUUCCAUUCUCAAGCUUUCUCCCCCCAGAAACGCUGGCGCUUCGCUCGUUGUCUCAGCCUCCAAAGGCGCCAAUACUCGUCCCUUAACGGGAGUGGUUUUUGAGCCUUUUGAGGAGGUUAAGAAGGAGCUUAGUCUUAUUCCCUCUGCUCCUCAAGUCUCGCUUGCUCGUCAGAAGUACACCGAUGCUUGUGAGGCUGCGGUUAAUGAGCAAAUUAAUGUUGAAUACAAUGUGUCAUAUGUAUAUCAUUCCAUGUAUGCCUACUUUGACAGAGACAAUGUAGCACUCAAGGGUUUGGCCAAGUUUUUCAAGGAAUCAAGUGAAGAAGAAAGGGAUCACGCUGAGAAAUUGAUGGAAUAUCAGAACAAACGAGGUGGGCGAGUGACAUUAGAGUCUUUGAUUAAGCCCUUGUGUGAAUAUGACAAUGAGGAAAAAGGAGAUGCCUUAUAUGCAAUGGAGCUCGCUUUAUCCCUUGAGAAGCUAACAAAUGAAAAGUUACUCCACUUGCACAAGGUGGCUGAAGAUAAUCAAGACGUGCAGAUGACCGAGUUUAUUGAAAGCGAAUUCUUGGGAGAACAGAUAGAAGCAAUCAAGAAAAUCUCAGAGUAUGUUGCACAGCUAAGAAGACUAGGCAAGGGACACGGAGUGUGGCACUUUGAUCAGAUGUUGCUUCACGAGGAAGCAUAAACAAAGGGAUUUGGCUGCAUAGAGUAAAAGUUUAGUGAAAUAUGAAAAUAAAAUGGUGUCCAGGUUGGAUGUGGUUGUUUGGAUUUCUAGUUUUAGAGGGCAGAUGAUGAUUUGUGUUAGAAUUUUCUGUUGUUAACGUGUUAGUUAAUGUUGUGUUUUGGUUUUCAAAGGUUUAUUUUGAUGUUAAUGGAAGAUUCUCACUUGUUUUUAAUUCUAAACUAGACUUUAUUUACCCUA